GUAUGAGGCGCUACGAACGGAAUCCCUCAUGACAAAAUCAAUAGGAUACCAAACAGCUGUGCUGCCGCCUGGUAAAUGUAAACGUAAACAAGCAAGCAGAGAAAAACUGAGAGGCAGGCAGAGAAAAAGAGAGAGAGUGUGUGUGUGUGUGUGGGAGAGCGCAACUAUAAAUAGGGCAACGUCAGAGAAAGAGACGCGCGCUCUCUCUGUCUGUGGCCGAGGCAGCAUUCAGAAAAUUUUCAGUUUUUCCAAUUUAGUCAAACGCAGCUCUUCAACGUUGGCGGUAGCCGAAAAUCAAGCGGAAAACCAAACAGCGCGCGCACACACACCAACACAACAACACUCACUCAGGCAAAUAUACAACACACAUACACACACACACACAAAUACGCGCGUGUACAGCGACAGUGUGCCAUAUGUGUAAUCAAAACGGGCCGCGCUAAGAGCAAAAGUUUAUAUAUAGAAAAUUGUACGCACAGCUGAGGGAAAAAUAUAAAUUCGUUGUGUAGCUGAAAAUAAAUUUAACGAAAACUACGAACAACAAUUUAUACAAAUUCUAACUUGAUUUUGCAUUUCAAUCAUUUUUAUUUUCGUUCUCUUGUUACUUCUAUGCAAUAACUCAAAUAUUACGCAUACGCCGCGUGUGGUGAAAUAUAACUGGCGUGAAAAAACUGUGCGCCUGGCGCCAGCGUCAGCGUCAGCGCCGCUGCUAACGUCGCGACUCCACCCAAAAUUGUAUACCAAAUUUUGGGAGCAAACAUAAUUUUGGUCAAAUGCAUUGUGCACUGGUCAAAUAAAAUAUAAGUGCGUGUGUCUAGGUUAACAACAAAAAAAAAAGAACAAAAACAGAUUGAAAAAUGCUAGCAAAAUGUUUGGUACAUGCGAAAAGUUGAUGACACAUUUUGCUGUCAUUUUGACCGCAUUUCUUGCCGCCCAGCCGCUGUUGUUGUUGCUGAUCUGCGGUCCGCCAGCGACGCCGCAUGGCGGCCCCGCCUCCACCACAUUUCUGGUGCAUGCUUCCGCCGCGGACGAAGCCGUUGGCAAAUGGGCAAGCCAAUUUGGAGACGAGCUAUUUCUGCUGGCCCAGAAGAUAACCAAAUCGCAGCAGAUCAAAGAGAAAUAUAAAGGGUACAAUGCACGCGUGGAACUAAAAAAUGGCUCCGAACUGAUCAAGUCCAUCACAGCGAAUGUGGGCAAAAUGCUGGCACGAAAAAUGGACGCAGUGCGCUGCAUACAGGAGAAGGCGGAGAGUGUUAACGAGAACUUUGAGUUCAAUCAGACAUAUGCGGAGACGAACUUCACCUACUACUCCAGCAAGUACUCGGCAUUCAAUGGGAACAGCUCGGAGCAGUUGGAGCCCAAUGAGGAAGAAUAUGCGUAUAUGUACCGCGAUAUGAUGCUAAAUCCGGACACCCAUUUCUACAAUAUAUCCGUAGAUACGGAGCACAGUUCGGUGCAUGUGCCCUCGAAUGUGUGGGAUCGUGCGCCGCAUGUGCUUAAGACAAUACAAUGGUCGGAGCAGCUGGAUGAGGUGUUCCGGCAGAACUAUCAGUCCGAUCCGGCAUUGUCCUGGCAAUACUUUGGCUCCGAUACGGGCAUAUUGCGUCACUAUCCCGCCGCACAGUGGACAGACUCGCGCGCAAAUAAACUGGAUGCUGAUACCUAUGAUUGUCGCAAACGUUCCUGGUACAUCGAAACGGCCACAUGCUCCAAGGAUAUUGUCAUAUUGCUGGAUCACUCGGGCUCGAUGACCGGUCAUCGACAUCAUGUGGCCAAGUUCACCAUACGCAGCAUAUUGGACACGUUCUCCAACAACGAUUUCUUCACAAUUUUUCGGUAUUCCAGCGAGGUGCAGGGCAUUAUACCCUGCUUCAAGGACGCACUGGUACAGGCCACACCCGAAAACAUUGAUGUCUUCAAUUCGGCCAUUGCCGAACUGGAGGAUCCCGAGGGUUAUGCGAAUCUGACGCUGGCCUACGAGCACGCUUUUCAAAUUCUACGCAAUUAUUAUAUAAAUCGUCGCUGCAAUGAAACCUCCACCUGCAACCAGGCUAUUAUGCUGGUUACCGACGGCGUUGCCGGCAAUACCACCGAUGUCUUUGAGAAGUACAACUGGGGUGAUGGGGAGAACGGCACCUCACGCAUGAACGUGCGUAUCUUUACGUAUCUGUUGGGCAAGGAGGUAACCAAGGUGCGCGAGAUACAAUGGAUGGCCUGUCUGAAUCGUGGCUACUAUUCGCAUGUCCAGACGCUCGACGAGGUCCACGAGGAGGUGCUCAAGUACGUCGAUGUUAUAGCCACGCCCUUGGUGCUGCAGAAUGAACAGCAUCCGCCUACUUGGACGCAUGCUUUUACGGACAAAACGUAUGAUCCCAUGAAUAGCACGGAACGGCGACCGCGUCUCAUGAUAGCGGUGGGCGUGCCCGCCUUUGAUCGCUCCUAUCUCCAUGAGAACAGCACAAGGAAACGCGCCCGUCUACUGGGCGUAGCCGGAACGGAUUUGCCAGUCGAGGAUAUCGACAAGCUAACCCUGCCCUAUAAGCUGGGCGUAAAUGGCUACUCCUUUGUGGUUUCCAACAAUGGCUACAUGCUGCUUCAUCCGGAUCUGCGACCCAUUGGCUCCAAUGGCAAAAUGAAUCCCAACUAUAACAGCAUUGAUUUCACCGAAGUGGAGCAUUUGUUUGAGGAUCAGAAUCCACGCGAGCCUGGACAAUCCAUAUUAAACCUGCGCAGCGCCAUGGUGCAUCAUGAGGCCAACGAGUUUAGGGAUAUUCCGGUCAAGUUCCAUUAUGAUAAAAUGCGUCGCGUCUCGGAAGAGAAACAGGAUUAUUUCUUUGCGCCGCUGCCCAAUACCCCAUUUACUCUAGGUAUUGUAAUGCCCAGCGAGUAUGGCAAGACUUGGAUCAAGGUGGGCGAUGAGGUGGACAAGAACAAACACAUGAAGGUUAACAUAUCGGAGUUCUUCAUUGGCGAAAACUGGAAGGUGCAUCCCGAUUGGGUCUACUGCAAGUAUCACUAUCUUGAGGGUCACGAAUUCAAGACGCCUGAAGCGGAGCUGCGCGAAUUUCUGGAAAAGAUGAUGAAACCCGACUGGAAGUGGCCGGAACAAUAUGCCGAAGAUGAGUCCGACUGGGAUGACAAAGAUGAUCUAAACUGCGGUCGCAAGACGCUCGGCGAUGAUGCCUACUAUUGCAACAAGGAGCUGGUGCACUUGCUCAUCUUCGAUGCCAAGGUCACAAAUUUUAGCUACGGCGAAUGGAAGUUCCAGAAUGAUCAGGAGCGACAGCUAAUUGAACGCUUCGGUGCCACACUGCGUUUCGUGGCCACCAUGAGUGGCCUAACACGCUGGCAGUUCAUCUUUGGCGAAGUGGAAGUGGAUACGGAUCGGGAAUUUGGCGAUUAUCAUACAACAGCCAUUGAUGAGACCUGGUACAAAAGCGCCAUAUUGCAGCAUCAUCAGGAGAACACCGAGAGCUUUGUCUAUUCGGUCAAACACUACAACGAUCCGCUGGAGGAUAGCGAUCUCAAGGUAACCGCCUCGCAUGCCAUCUUUCCACGAGAUGGCGGCAAAGAGGCGCCCGCCUGCGUCGUCGGUUUCCAGUUCUCGCAUGCGCGCAUGUGGGAGCGCUUCUUCAACAUCACCGCCGUCGAUAAUUGCAACAAUUGCCUGCCCAUCUGCACAGAUGAUGACGUCGACUGUUCGGUUAUCGAUAACAAUGCGUACAUUGUUGUAGGUCAGAAUAUAAAUACGACGGGCAAAUUCUUUGGCGAAUUCCAUGGCGAUGUUAUGGCCGCCAUGGUGCAGAAGGGCAUCUUCAAAAGCAUCGAGGUCUAUGACUAUCAGGGGCUAUGCAAAGUGGAGCCAACAACGCCCAGCGAUGCCCACAGUCUGUUGCAUCCACUACAAGUGCUCGGCCUAGCUUGGAAAUGGUUAAUAGCGCAGCUUUUCUGGCACUAUCAAAGAGUUCAAUGGUGGGCGGAUGGUGCGCCCUUCAUGGAGUAUUUGGACAACAUUGAGGAUGAAUAUGUGGCUGUGGGCGACAGCAAUUCCCCAUCAGCUGCCAAGCCCAAGGAGGAUGGCGACGAUGGUGAGGCAAUAUUUCAAGAGCCCGAACCGGAGCCGAUAUACAAACCCUGCGAUAUGCGCUCAACGCUUUACGCGCUGCAACCCUCCGCACUGAUGGGCAUCAAUGACUACAUAGAGGUGCCAUCGACGCGACCAUUUCUGGUGAAAAAGAUACCCAACACGAAUCUGGUGCUGAUGGUGGUCAAUGUGCUGAUGCCGUCGCGCAGCGUACGCCUAACCACCGAACCGCAGCGCAUAACCGACUACGAGGAGGAGUUUCCCUGCUACAAGCUGAAUAUGAGUUUCUACGAGCGUCGGCGCAUCGAGGAGUGCUACACGCGGCACGACGAUGAGGAACUGUUCACCUAUUGCGGCAACGCCUCACGGCUGGCUCUGACGCUUCAGCUGCUGCCGCUGACCACACUUUUGAUGUUUUACUUGACGCGUUGCUUUAUGCGCGUCUAGUUUAUACAAUAUAUGUGUAUAUAUAAGUAUAUAUAUACUAUAUACCUAUGUACUAUUGCGAUCUGUUUGUUUUUAGAUUGUAAACUAUUGUGUAGUACAAUUCUAGUCGAAUGUUUAACAACAAAUAACAGAAACCAACUAAAAAAAACAAAGGCACAAUCUUAUAAAACAAAAAAACCUAAAGCAAAUUUAGUAACAACAAUUUCAACUCUUAGACUUACAAAAUACGCCAAAUGUUAAGAAUAAAAAUCGUUUUACUUUACAAAUUACAAAAAAAAAAAUUAAGAAAUCGUUGCUAAGCAGUCGAAGAAGCAACUCCUGAAAUAUUUCUAAAUUCUUAUAAUUUCAACCACUUUUUUAAGCUCUUACGGCUGUUUAACGAAAACUUCGAAAGAAAUUUAAGUUUUAUACUAAAUGCAUAUAGCUGAGAGGCGCACGUUUCAUUAACUUUUUUGAUGGUUUAAAAAUGGUAAAACCUAUGCCAAAUAUUAACUAAAAAGUGUAUGUAAACACAAAUAAUUCAAAUAAUUAUUUUUGUAAUUUUAUAAAAUUAGUUGGUGUUUUAUAAACGAAGUGAAGAAAUCUAAACACAGACACACACACAAAAGCACACUAUAAACAGACCUACAUAUAAAUAUUUCGUCCCUUUUGCCCAACCGAAGAUUAUAUAUACUACUUAUAUGGAAAGUCUUGCAAAAUUCUUUAGCUUUUUCGUAUACAAUCAGAUGGAUUUUUAAAUGGUAAAAAUCAAAGGAUAUGUUUAAAUAUAAGAUAUAUAUACUAGCAUAUAAAAUAUAUUUAAUGUAUUCAAUGUUUUUUAUAGAUAUUUGUUAACCGCUAUUCAAAGUUUAUAUAUAUGGUUUUUGUAUAUGUAUUGUAAUAAUGUACGGAAAGUAUUUGUAACGAUUUUAUUGUAUUUUUUAAUAAUGUUAAAUUUGUUUUACGCUCGAAAGCAGACGAACAUAUGCACUAACUUCAAGAAGUUGACUUCGGUUAGGCCGAAGCUCUAAAUACCCUUGCAGAUCUUAAGACCAUACAACUUUAAAACGUCUAGAAGAGUCCAAAAAUGGUUUCAAAUCAUGAAUGAAAUUGCAAUUUCUAAAAAUAAGCAGAACUUGAGUUAUGUUAUUUAGUCUAUUAUUUGAAUUAAAGUUAUCAAGAUAUUUUAUGAUCUGUUGUAUUCAAAAUUGACUUAGUUCGUCCUGGCUAUAACUUUACAUAAAUAGUAUCAAACAAGUUAAAAAGACCCACUGCAGGGGUAUUCAAAUAGGACCACCUGAAAAGUAUGCAAUACUUAUUUCGAGAACCUCAAUUAAGUUGCACAAAAGAAAAAAAAACUUCUUAUAACUAUAUCGAUUUUUUGGCUAAACAAAAUUCAGCGCAACAUUUACACGAGCAACAAGAAUAUGUAAAACCAAAUACCCAAAAAAGAAAAAAAAAAAAACAAACAAAAAAAGUAACAAAUAUUGUUGAAAAAACAA